CGGCUUCGACAGCGGAACCCGGCGCGGGGGGCGCGUGUGCGGGGGGAGCGGGACGAGCGGGGAGCUGGGAGCCGGGAGCCGGGGCAGCGGGCCCGAGGGGCUGCGGGAGCCGCGCCCCGCAGGCCCCGCUCCACCCCUGGGGCUGCGGGAGCCGCGCCCCGCAGGCCCCGCUCCACCCCUGGGGCUGUGAGAGCCGCGGGGCCUCCAGCACCCCGGUGCGCGGGUUCGGGGGUCUCGGUUCUGGGGCUGCGGAACAGUUGACUCCCCCGGCCCCGGCCCCGGCCCGGCCCAAAGCGCCAGGGCCGCCGUCCCUGAGCUCGAGGCGUUCCCGCCUCCCCGGGUGCGGUACAUAACCCCCGGCUCCCCUGUGCUCCGCUGCGGCCAUGGCCGGCGCGGGGGGCCGAGCCCCGCUGGGUCUGCGGCGGUGGCUCUCCUCGGCUGCCCCGGCGCCUCGGGUCUGCGUGGUGGGCAGCGGCCCCGCCGGCUUCUAUACGGCUCAGCACAUCCUCAAGCACCACGGUGGGGCCCUGGUGGACAUCUACGAGAAGCUGCCUGUACCCUUCGGGCUCGUCCGUUUUGGAGUGGCCCCAGACCACCCCGAGGUGAAGAACGUGAUCAACACCUUCACGCAGACGGCGCGCUCGGAGCGCUGCACCUACUACGGGAACGUCACCGUGGGAAGGGACGUGACAGUGCCGGAGCUGCAGCAGGCGUACCAUGCUGUGGUGCUGAGUUAUGGUGCUGAAGACAGCCGGGUCCUGGGGAUCCCAGGGGAGAACCUCCCUGGUGUUUACUCAGCCCGAGCAUUCGUGGGCUGGUACAACGGGCUGCCCGAGAACCAGGAUCUAAAGCCUGACCUGACCUGUGAGACAGCGCUGAUUCUGGGUCAUGGCAAUGUGGCAUUGGACAUUGCCCGCAUCUUGCUGUCCCCACUGCAGCUCCUCAGGAAGACAGACAUCACUGACAGCUCCCUGGCAGCUCUUGCCUGCAGCAAGGUGAAGCGUGUCUGGCUGGUUGGGAGGAGGGGACCUCUCCAAGUCGCUUUCACCAUCAAGGAGCUGCGGGAGAUGAUAAAUGUGCCUGGUGCCAGAGCUGUCCUGGACCCUGCCGACUUCGUAGGCCUCGAAAGUGCUGUCAAAGGUGAGGGAAGUGUGCCAUGCUUCUCCAGGCUUGGACUCACCUUGGCAGAUGCUCCCAGGCCCAGGAAGCGACUGACUGAGCUGAUGAUCAAAACAGCCCUGGAGAAGCCAGUGGAGAUGCAGGCGGCAGCAGCCCCCCGGGAGUGGGGGCUGAAGUUCCAGCGCAGCCCCCAGGAAGUGCUGCCCAGUGCUGACGGGAGGAGGGCGAGGGGCAUCCGCAUGGCCCUGACCCGCCUGGAGGGCUCAGGUGACUCUGCCAAGGCCAUUCCCACUGGAGAUGUGGAGGAGCUGGAGUGUGGGCUGGUGCUUAGCAGCAUUGGCUACCGGAGCCUGCCGCUGGACCCGGCUGUGCCCUUUGACAGCCAACGCGGGGUCAUCCCCAACAGCUCGGGCAGAGUGGAGGGUGUCCCAGGUCUGUACUGCAGCGGGUGGGUGAAGAGAGGACCUACAGGUGUGAUCAUCACCACCAUGAACGACAGCUUUGACACUGCCCAGUCUCUGCUGGAGGAUCUCCAGGGGGGUGUGCUGGAUAUAUCCCCUUCCAGAGAAGGCUUUGGGCUUGUGGAGAGCAUCCUGCACAGCCGAGGGGUCCGUCCUGUUUCCUUCUCGGACUGGGAGAAGAUUGAUGCUGCUGAAGUAGCAAGAGGCAAAGCUGCUGGCAAACCCAGGGAGAAGAUCGUGGAUCCUGCGGAGAUGCUGCGGAUCAUUGGUCACUAAGGCAGCAGUGGUGGGACCGUGGCGCUGCUCCAGUGGGGCAACAUUAGUGGGUCAUGAGCAGAGCCUGGGAGCGCAGGGCUUCUGUCUGGGGCUGGUGGGGUGGGUCACACGCCCUCUGGAGGGUUCUGAACUCUGGGUUGAACUCUGGGUUCCCAAAGUCUCAAGACCUGAGGCUGUUUGCUGGUCCCACAUCCCUGCAGCCAGCUACUAUUCUUGGGGGUGAUUCUUGUCUGUCUUUGAAGCAUUAAUGAAUCAUGCAGUGCAGGUGAAGGAAGGUGUGUGUGCACCUGGGGGACUCCUGGCCAGCCACUCUCUCACAGCAAAUCACAGAAGUUUCCCUGUGUCUUGCUGCCUUCCCUUUAAGCCACAAGCCAAAUGGGUUUGUUGCCUUGUCAUUCAUGCCAUAGCAGGCAUAUUUUAAUAAUGAUUUUUUUUUUUAAUAAACCCUUCCAGGGAAGCCAAAAUAGACCUACAACUUGAGACUGAGUUCUUUUGUCUGCCACUGCCUUAACCUCAGAGCAGCCCCCAAAGUGCUGCAGCUCCUGCAAAGUCCCAAGGCAAGGCAGCUCUGGGUGUUCUCCACUUGUGAGCUCUACACAAGUAGAAAAGGGCAUGAAUUUGCCUUCUACUUCCCACAGUUAAUUUGCCUUCUGCUUCCCACUGUCUGUCUUAUGGGGUGGAUUGGGAUAACAAGCAUGUAAUUGCCUUGUUCAGGAUCAUGAGGGAUCCUGUGUCCACUGGUACCUGCCAGUGCUGACUGGUGCAAGCGGUGCCUUGAGCUCUUUCUCUCUUUUCACUGGUGGGGUUAUUUUUUUUUUGGUCUGUGUGUUUUGAAGCUUAUUAAAUGCUUCUCUUAGCCCAGAUUGCCUACGGUGACGGUGUCAGGUUUUAAGCCAGAUUACAAGCCGUGAGCUGUAAUCUCCUUUUAUCCGUGGCGCAGGGGCAGCGUCAGCGGGGCCCCUUCCCUGGCUGUCCCCAACCCCCCCCGUGCUCCCUGCCAGAGCACUGCAGGAUUGCAGCCCCUCCUCCUUGGCCUGUGGAAAUGGUGACAGUGGCAGUGGCUCUGUGAUGGAGGCAGAGGGAAAAUCGAGCUAGGGCAACCUCCACCUCAGCCCAGCCCUCUCACGGCACAGGGCUUGCCCACAGGGCAUUGUUCUCUCACCUCAUCUCUGUCUCGACUCAAGGAAGGGAGAUCUCUGAUUUGUCCCUGUUUUUCCCUUUUUCUCUCCCAUACUUUUCUAUUUAAAUCUCAUUUGAAAGCUCAUUAAGAAACUCAGGAAAUGUGAUAAUGGGAACUCGUACUCAAACGAGCAAUAAAGCUUUUGUGGAACAGC